AAUGGAAAAAUUAGAAUGUGAAACGAAUAAAAUAGUCAGAAUAAAGGAGCCCUUUGUAAAUUCUAAACUUCCAACUGAACGUUGGUUUCAUGGAGUAUUAUCAGCUUCAGCCGCUACCGAAUUACUAAAUAGAUCGGAUGUAGAAGACAACACUUUUCUUAUUCGUUACAGUUCAAGCAACUACGAUGAUUUUACUCUGUCAGUUAGAAAGCAAGAUAAAAUUAUUCAUUUAAAAAUCAAGUAUCAGGAUGAAGAUUAUCUUAUAGGAGGAAAAAGAUUCUCUACGCUUACUGAUUUUGUCGACUAUCAUCGAGUUUGGGGCUUCGUUUGCAAAGAUAGUGAAAGUCCUAUACACCUUAAUCUCCCUUAUAAGAAUAAUAGAAUACUAUUGAAUAUGUUAGACGAUAAAGUAAAGGAAUUUAGAGAUACCGAUGACCUACAUCUAGAGUUUAAAGAAAUCGGUCGUGUCAACUUUGAGAAUUUAACAACAGACGAAGGAAAAAAAUUGUGUAAUAAAAGUAAAAAUAGAUACAAAAAUGUUCUACCAAUUGAUUUAACAAGGGUAAAAUUAACCUCCAAUUCGAAAGAGAAGCAAAAUGAAGGCGAUUAUAUAAAUGCUAAUUACAUAAAGGUUCCAUUUAUUGAUGCUAACAUAUGUACUAAUAAAGCGGUUAGUCGCUUAAUGAAUAAUUGUACAAGUACACUUGAGGAUUAUAGAUCUCAUGAAAUUCCCACUUUUAUUGCAACUCAAGGCUGUCUACCUCAUACUAUUGAAGAUUUUUGGACAAUGAUUUGGAAUGAGAAUACUCGUCUUAUUGUUAUGUUAACUAAGGAAAAGGAUGGACAAAAGAAAAAGUGUGCGGUCUAUUGGCCUAUUGAAAUUCAAGAUACAAAAUGUUUUAGCGAUAUUAAAAUUCAGCUGUUGGAAGAGAAUAAUGAUAAAGCUUUUACUGUUCGAUCUAUAAAAAUUAUUAAAGAUGAAGAAGAACGUCUUGUUCAGCAAUUUCAAUUUAAAGGGUGGCCCGAUCACGGAAUCUUGGAAUAUACUGAAAUUGUUCAACUUAUAGAGGAUAUGAGAGCGGAAAGAGCUAAAACGCCCCAAGCAGGUCCAGUCGUUGUACAUUGUAGUGCAGGAAUAGGAAGAACUGGGACUAUUAUUGCAAUUCAAAUUCUCCUCGAUCAAAUAGAGGCGGGAGCUCAAUCGAUAGACGUUCAAAACGUUGUUAUAGGUCUUCGAUCGCAAAGGCAAAAUAUGGUACAAACUUCCGAACAGUAUAGAUUAAUCUACGAAGCUGUCAAUCAAUGGACAAUCGAUAAAAAUGAAUCAAAGAAUACAGAGGAUAACUGA